GAAAUAAAAUGUCCCUAAAUUUAUCGAUUGAUCACACUAACCUAAAAGUGUUGUUUCUAUUGUCAAACGCGCAGUAAAGUCCAAAUAAAAAUACGUUUAAUAACAAUAAUGAUAAGUGAAACCAAGUGUCUAAUACUUAGUAGGAGGAGUAUGCUCAUAUUUUAGCAAAAAUACUGGAAAAUAAGCCAAAUAAAGAAAAUUCUCCAAUAUGGCUACUAAUAAUGUAGGCAUUGACUGGAUGGGUAGUCUUGGUGUAGUAGAUUUUGAGACCUCUUCAAAUACUGUUUCUGAACAACAGCAAAGCACUACCUCUGGUAUGAACCAAUAUGAACAAAUGGAUAGGGCUAAUACAAGUGCAACCUUAAAGAGGAAUCCAAAAAUGGAAUUAUCAAAAAAUGAUUUACUUAAACUUGUAACUUAUUUCGAAGGAGAAAUUCAAGCUAGAGACAUUGCCAUAGCUGCACUUAAGUCUGAAAAAUUAAAGCAAGUAGUAAAUGUAGGAAGGUACAGACCGGCAGUAAUGUCGGAUCCAUAUACAGCGUUACUGAGAGAUAGUAUAGCUGAUGGACCUACUGCUAAGCCUCCAGUGAGUGAAAAAGAAAUGGCGCAGGCAGCUGAACAGCAGCUUCAAGCUUUAGAACAGUUAGUUUUGCAGCAAAGAUGGGCGCAUCAACAUAUGAUUAGUAUUUUAAAAGAGGCAGAAAAUAAACAUAAAAAGGUAAUUCAAGAAUUAGAAGAAGAGAAAUGUAAACACGAACAUGAUACAGCUCAGGGAGAUGAUAUUACAUAUGGUUUAGAGAUGGAACGAACACGUUUGCGGCAAGAGUUGGAAAUGGAGAGAAACGCUAGAAAAAAAUUAGAAAAAGAAGUCAAAAGGCAAGUGGAAAUGGCCGAUGAGGAAAGAGCAAGACAAAAACAAAUAGUUCUACUUUUACUAGCGGAAAGGAAGAAGAUUAUUGUUAAAUAUAUUGAAGAAAGGAAGAGAAGCGAAGAUUUGGCUCAGAUUUUAUCCGAAGAAAAGUCACGAAUUGACACGAUGGCUGAGGGAUUAGAAGAAGAAAGUAAAAAGUCGCUACAAAUGGAAGCUGAACUUGAGAAACAAGUAUAUGUUUACGAAAAUGAUAAGAAAACCUUAAAAACUCAGUUAACUGCAAAAGAACUUAGAUGCCAAGAAUUAGAAGCAGAAUUAUUAAGAGUUAAAGCAGAAUGUGAGGCUUUACGGAACAGAGCCUCAUUACCUAGUGACGGUGCGUCUCCUAUGAUAAGUAGUGUGGCUAAAGUUGUACAACCCACUGCAACAGUUUCUAGUGUACCUGUCUCUGGCCCUACCACUGGAAUUGCUCAGUCAGUCACCCCGGGACAAGCCCUUAGACAAACUGCUACAUCAGCUACAACUACUCUAACUGCAAAGGUAAAUCCAACACCAGUAGCAGUACCAAAUCAGAUAUCUUCCCAGGCUUCCACGGUGCGUACCCCCCCAAAAGGUGCAGCUUUCCAUCCCCAGUUUCAAACGGGGUCAACAGCUCCCCAGACACCUCCUAAGAAAAGUUCAGUGUCUGCCAGAGGUGUUCCACCACCCAUACCUCCAAAUAAACCAGUCAUCCCUAGUAAAACGGCAACUGCCAGGAGGCCUGAUAGUGCAGAAUCAGAGAAAAAAAAAACAAACGUACCUCUUAAAGACGGAGAACCUGUUCGAUCCGGGCAGGGCAUAGAAAUGUUGGGACAAGAAUUAGCCGACUUUCAACAAAUGUUUGUGACAAUGGCAACUAGCAAUAAUACUUAAAAUAUCAGUAGUUUCUCGAUCGUUUAGUAAAAUGUAUGUAACUGAGGUUUGGAUGGAGAAAAGUUAUAGGUAGCUUCACUUAAUUUAUUUAAAUGAUUGUAGGAAGAUUUUUUUUAAACUCGAACAUAAAUUUAAAGAAAGCUGUUUUGUUAUGUACUUCAUUUUGUGUAUUUUUUUUUAUUUCAAUACCUUUUUUUUAUUAUAAAUGAAUAUUUUUUAAUGUAAUAUUAUUGAAAUGUAUAUAGUAAAAUUGUAAUUAGGAAAAUCUAAAAAAUAUGAUUAGGAGCAAAGAAAAUGAACCAGUAGCCAAAAAAUUAAUCAUAGGUUUAUCAGUUUUUAUAUUUAUUUUUUUUUACAUUAUGACCGAUAAGUGGAAGUUGUAAUUUAUUUAAUUAAAUUUACUAAGUAUUGCUUUAGGCAAUCUCGUGUUAAAGUAAAUUUCCUACAGACCUAGAAAUUAAGUUUAAAAUUUAAGUAUUAUGAAGAUACUUAAUUAUUUGCAUUUCUUUUUUUUUUCUUCAUAAAAUAUGUAUACUUAAGGUGUAGACUGUGAUUACUUAAAUUGACCCAGUAUAAAAUGCAGAUUAUACUUAAGAAAAUUUUACUAUAAGGUACAAGUAUAAAGUUUUAAUUUGUUUUUCAGAUACUCUUGGAUAAAUAUUUCUCGUAUUUGAAAAUAUAACAAGCAUUUUGAUGGUAUUUAGAAAUAUUUUCUACUUGUAAUCUCUGCUAUCAUAAAAUUUAUAUUUUGGCGUUAGAAAAUAAUUUUAGGAAUGGGUUAGAAAUAUAAUUAGUUGCAUAAAGCAUUAUCCAGAUAACACUGACGUAUUUGCAAACCUACUGCAAAUUAUUACUAAUGAAUAUAUUAGGGUGGCCCAAAAAAACGAAUUUUUUUUUUUAGUGUCUCUUGUGAAAAUAUGUUAGUUUAUCAUGUUU